AUGGAGAUCUGCGGUAUAAUUGAUAUAAAAGUACCGGCCAAAGGAAGAAAAUUCGGAUCGUGGAAGGCGUGGAAAAGCCAAUGGUGUGAAGUACUCAAAAACGAAAAUCGUAUGAUCAUCAACAUUGGACAUAGUAAGGGAAAUGUUACAUCGUGUUUAGCAGUACCUAACAACGCAAUUAUCUACCGAAUUAAAUCCAGGACUAAAGCCUACGGUUUUGGAAUAUAUUAUGCAGGACAAAAGGAACAACAACCAUGUAUUUUUCUUGCUGGAAAAUCAGAAACAGAAUCACAAAAAUGGAUGAAAUCCAUAAGAGAUGUUUUAAAACCACCAACACAUAUAAAGGCAACAAACGAGUAUACUGUAUCGAUAAUUGACAACGAACAUUCUAAAACGGCUGGUUUAACCGGCCUGUAUGGUACUCUAUCUGUAAAGUCAGAAGAAAUAUUGGUGACAGACCCACACACAGGAAAAAUCAAAGUAACACUCCAUUGGACACAAAUACAAUGUAGUUACUUACCUCUGCCGGCCGUAUCAGACGAUUUACAUAGAGUGUGCACAAUACGCACAAACAGCAAGUUUAAAGCGGGAGAUGGUGACUUAGAACUGUACUGCACCGAAGCCGACGAGUUGCACAACGAGCUGCUGUCUUGCCCGCGACCGUUGCCCAGGAUCGCCACCACGCCAUUGCCGCCGACGCCUAAGGACUGCAGACAGACGCUCUACGACCAUUGGUCCUCCGCCGAUUCUCCUUCGACGACGCCACCAAGGCGUCUGCUGGAGUCCAGACGAAUGAGCAGGAGCGAAGGCGAUCUAAAGAAGUUCGUCAUGCAACAAUCCGCACCCACGCUGCGGUCGGCCGGUUCCCAACAACAUCUCGUGCUCAUGCCCCGGUCCAACGGCUUGGCGCAAAAGAGUUCGUCGCACUACCUGUUGACCAGCGUUGGAUUGCUGUUGGCCACACCAGGAUACAGCGAACCCAACUCUAUGCAAGACUUAAGGCUGAUCGACCAACACCUGCUCAGUACACGUUUACAAGGAAUAGUGGACGAAGAAAGCGCUGAUGCUGAAGGGAAGAGUGAGGAAGACGAGGAUUACGAAGACAUGUUGCACAUGGAUAUUGAACAGACGAACGAUGCACCUCCGCCAUUACCGCCGAGACAAUUGAAAUAUGUCACCAUGGCCAAUCUAGGAGGAAAUAACAAAUUAUACAUUUCCGGUCCAGUACCUAUAUGA